AGUGGUGCAGGAAAUAACUGGGCAAAAGGCCACUACACAGAGGGCGCUGAGCUGGUGGACUCCGUCCUGGAUGUAGUGAGGAAGGAGUCUGAAAGCUGUGACUGUCUCCAGGGCUUCCAGCUGACCCACUCCCUGGGGGGAGGCACUGGCUCAGGCAUGGGGACCCUGCUCAUCAGCAAGAUCCGAGAGGAGUACCCAGACCGCAUCAUGAACACCUUCAGUGUCAUGCCCUCGCCCAAGGUCUCUGACACUGUGGUCGAGCCCUAUAAUGCCACCCUCUCCGUGCACCAGCUGGUGGAGAACACAGAUGAAA